AUGACUACCGAAGAUGACCAAAAGCAGAUGCAAAUAAAGAUACUAUAUUCGUUUGAUGACAAUCCAACUACAUUCCUAUCAAGAUCAUCACAGCAGUUCCCUGUGCAAACAGCCGAAGUGCCAAUCCAAACAACAUAUUCUGAUGUCCCAGAACUAAUAACCUUGGGAGCAUUUGAGCUCCGAAGCUGCAUCAAGCAGUUGCUUCGAUCCAACCCUGAGAAUUUCAAGCUAAAUUCUCACGACUAUGCUGUUUACUACAAGGAUAUCACUGAGCAGCCGGAUGAGCCAUUCGUUUCAAAUGGCGUGCUCUCGUCGCUUGUAUCGUCAAAGGAAUCGUGUCUUAUACCUGGUAGAGUAUGUCAGAAUGUGUCUGCCAACUUUUUGUUUGGAAAUAAGAAGAAGGCUUCGUCGUUGACGUUGGAGGUGAGGUUGAAACUACACACCAUUGAAGGCUCACCUGCAAUGGCUAUUUGCGCUUUGUUACUGCCACCUUUAUUACCGUUACCAUUUCCAACAAUUUGGUCCGCAUCAUUUCCCACCAAUGGAGCCUCGUUAGCAACACCACCUUUAGGCGCUUCGGCCACCCCCAACCCCUUUUCACCUUUGGAUCCAGCAGCUAAAUUACCGGCUAAAUCUAGGUUAUCCUUUUCAGUAUCUGCUUUUGAACCAACACCUUUGACCAUGUUGUUCAAGUUAUGGUCACCAGCAUCUAGCUUGACCUUAUUGGACGAGGAUGACGAUGAUGAUGAUGAGGAGUGUCGAUCUGCUGGUACCACUUCGUACUCCAAGUCUGGUUUGUCUUUUAAAUCUUGCGAAACACCCCACAUCAAAAUUGCAAUUAUUAGAAACAUUACAAUGUACCCUACGAGUUUUCUUCUUGGGUUGUUGAAGAAUACUAUUGGUUCUUUGAGAUUGUUGUAG